GCUAUGUUGUGAAUAUAUGCUGGUGAGCGUGGUAGUUAAGUCGUUUUAAAAGGUAAAUCAUACAAUAUACAGGCUGUGCGCAGCCAGCUAUGCAUUUACAGUAGUUUGUAACCGAUCUCUGUCAAGUCUAAAAGUUACUCGGUACUUCUAACCCAGAGCUCACUUUGGACAACUGGGGACCAAAUGAUCACUGUACAAGAAAGACAUGGCGCGUAAGCGCUGUGAGCUCCUGCUGCUGCUGUUUUAUACAUCAGGCUGCUGCCGACUGGCCGGUGAACGGCCGCCGGCACCGACAUGACCGAGAGUCGACUGGACGUGGGCGGCGGCGGGCCGGCCGCCAAACGGCCGCGACUCGCCAGCCCCGGCCCGACUCCGCGGCUCGACGACCCGCUGGCGGCGCUGCACGAGCGCGCCCAGCUGGGCUGCCUGUGCCCGCUGCCGGCCGCGCAGCUGACGGCUCUGACGGCGCAGCUGUCGGCCGCCGACAGCCGUCGGCAGCUGCUGGCGCUCAGCACGCUGCAGCUGCUGCAGGAAGCGGCGCUGCAGCAGCUGCGGCUGGGCAGUAUGUGCCGGCAGCUGCAGCGCGCCGUCUGCGCCCAGCGGCAGGCGGACGGACGGCUGCUGGAGGCGCUGCUGGCCCUGCUCGCCUCGGGCACGGCACUACUCAGCUGCGGCGCCGGCCGCUGUCUGACGCUGGCCGCUCUCCUGCUGCCGCCCGGCCGCGCUCAGAGACUGCUCGAGGCCCUGGUGGCCGCCGUGCUCGAGUCGGAGCGGCAGCUCGAGGUGUGUCAUGCGCUGAACGCGCUGCAGCGGCUAAUCGAGCAGCAUGAUCCGCCCGAGUCGGCGGCCGGCGGCGCCCGCCCGCUGCCGGCCGGCUGCGCGGCCAUCAGCGUCGGUCCCGACCCGGAGACACUCUCCGAGAUUAAAUGUGCCAUCACGGCGCUGCUGGAGAACCGCUGGGUGCCGGUGACACAGCGCUUCUGCCGGCUGCUGACGCGGCCUGCACACGAGACUGAGGUGCUCGCCUUCCUCCGGCUCUGGACAACCAUCAUCUCCGUCAAGAACAACCUCAGUAUCGUGGAGACCAAGUCGUUCUACGGCCGGCUGGAGGGCUUGAUGAGCUCGCUCGGGGGCGAUGCCUCUCCCCACGUGUGGCGUGCCGUGCUGGAUCUUUACGCGGAGGUGCUCUGCUACGGCAGCACGAUUGCGCUGCAGGACUGUGUGGCUGAGGAGCCAGCCGGACUGGCUCAUGCGCUGUUACGACAAACGCGCGCUGGUCGUUUGCUAGAGGCGGUGCCUUACGAGCGCGGUGUGCGUGCGUUCGCGGGAAGCAGUAGCGGUAGCGCGGGCGGCAGCGGCGGCGACCGGCCGCUGAUGCAGAAAACUGUGCUGCUCGUGCUCAAGGCACUGGCGGUGACGGUGAAGGAGACGCGAUGUGAAAGCAGCAGCGAGGCGUCGGCACGCUCCGCCGGCGGCUCCGGAUCAGAGGAGCAGGACAUGGUGAUUAUAGAGCGUACGUUACGUGAGGUGGUGCGCCGGCUGGACGGCUGGGUGAAGGCGCGCCUGCCGUUCCACCCGGAGACGCCGAUGAGCGAGUGGGCCGUGGUGCUGCUUUGUGACCAGGACGAUUACCUGGUCGAGGCGAUGGUGUGCCUGCUGGACCUCUGCGCCGGCCUGGCCGAGCGGGCGCGCGUGCAGCCCGACUUUGAGCGCGCCAUCGAUGCGCACCGGAGCUUCGUGCAGUUUCUGGGCACCGUGCGCCGGGACCACGACCUAUUGCUCGAUUUUCUCAUCUCGAACGAGACAUGUUUCCUGCUCUACCUGCUGCGCUACCUCAAGUUCGUGCGGAAACAUUGGGCGAGAUUUCUGCGCGCGUGCGGCGCUAAGUUACAAGAGGUGAUGGGUGUGCUGAUUGGACUGCGCAUUUCGCUACAGCAGCUCGUGGCUCGUGAUCUGUUUCCGUACAACGUGACGCCGAUCCUGAAGCUGCUAGAGCGGUGUGAGCAGCUGUACGAACAUAAUCCGGCGGCCGGAUAGCGGUCGAACGGUGUCUGACGUCCCCCGAGUGCGUCCCGCAUCGGCGGGCACCCCCGUGCGCUCUCUUCUCCCGUCACCCGCGCAGCGCGUGGUCGCUCAUUGGCUCAACUGGUUAUUUAUGGUCGGGGCGCACUGCGCCCGUGCGGCGGCCCGGCCGGCUCGGGUUGGGUCUGACGGGCGGCCCGGCCGGCUCGGGUUGGGUCUGACGCCGGCCCGGCCGGCUCGGGUUGGGUCUGACGCCGGCCCGGCCGGCUCGGGUUGGGUCUGACGCCGGCCCAGCCGGCUCGGGUUGGGUCUGACGCCGGCCCGGCCGGCUCGGGUUGGGUCUGACGGGCGGCCCGGCCGGCUCGGGUUGGGUCUGACGCCGGCCCGGCCGGCUCGGGUUGGGUCUGACGCCGGCCCGGCCGGCUCGGGUUGGGUCUGACGCCGGCCCGGCCGGCUCGGGUUGGGUCUGACGCCGGCCCGGCCGGCUCGGGUUGGGUCUGACGCCGGCCCGGCCGGCUCGGGUUGGGUCUGACGGGCGGCCCGGCCGGCUCGGGUUGGGUCUGACGCCGGCCGGGGCUCGCACUCGCGGUCCGCCCACCGCCGCCCAUCCCCCACUGCCGCUCUAAUGACGCCAUGUGGACACACAUGAAUCUACGGCCGUUUUCGGCGAGACGGCGCUGAUGUUUUUAAUGCAAUCUCUUGAAUGUGUAUUGUGUAAUAGGUUGGUAAGCCAUUUCGCAGUGUGGAGUAAGGCGUAUGUGAAGGGAGAUAGCCACAAAGGUAUCGAUUCCAUCCGACAUUUUAUGUCGCAGCAUUUCUUAAAGGCAACUUGAAAGACCUGUAAGGUAAGGGACGAUGGGAACAAAUGACGUUUCGGUGCCAACUACCGUUAGUUCUCUGUAAAUUUGUCAAAUGUCCAUGUACGCUUUACGUUCGUUCCUACCCAGCUGGAAAUCCAGCACAUGACUGGAAUUGUUUGUGAACAUCCUAAAUGUGUCUAUUUUUAAAUUGGACCCAUGCUCGUAUAUAGUUGGUAGAUGUUCACCUUUUUGUUUGUGGAGCGCAAGAUGACAUUUGUACUAGGUUCGUGUUGCAAUGUUUUGUAAGUGGAUCAAGGAUCCUGCAUUGAUGUUUGUCUCUGAGACGCAAUCAUAUUUUUCUUACAUGAAUACUGUGCACUUCGUCACGCGUCGAAAGCGUAUUCCAUCGAGAUCAAACGUGUGAAUACACUACAAACCAUAAA